AUUGGUUCAGGUUCCUCUGAAGACUCUCCAGCUCAUCUGACAGGACCACUGUCAACUCAACAGAACUUUGAGAGACUUUUUCCUUUCUACAACUCACGGAUUUGGAGUAUGACCUUGGGCCAAAAAAAUUCUGCACAGGUUUCUAUGGAAAAAAAAGGAAACCAAUUUAUAGCUGGGACAAUAUUUAACCAGAGGGAUACAUUUAGAGAAUCCUGAUCUUCAAUGUUCCGAAGCAAUUAAUUGACUAAAGAUUUUGGACAAACCUCUUGUCCUGUCCACAUUCCACAUUGGGAAGAUCUUCUUUGAAUCUGAAAUAAAUCUGAGUAUUUUGGAAAAUGGUUGGGUUUGGACCUGCAGAUGUGCCUCCGUCAGCAGCCGUAAAGUUUGUAGGCGCUGGAACUGCAGCCUGCAUUGCUGACCUGCUGACCUUUCCUCUGGACACAGCCAAAGUCCGCCUGCAGAUCCAAGGAGAGUCCAAGACCUCCACUGCUCCAGGGAAAGGGCCUACAGUCAAAUAUCGUGGUGUGUUUGGCACCAUCACCACCAUGGUUCGUACUGAGGGCCCCAGGAGCCUGUACAGUGGACUAGUGGCAGGUCUACAGAGACAGAUGAGCUUCGCUUCAGUCCGUAUUGGUCUCUAUGACUCUGUGAAAGCAUUCUACACAAAGGGCUCAGAUCACGUAGGCAUUGGCAGUCGACUGAUGGCUGGAUGUACAACUGGAGCCAUGGCAGUCGCUUUAGCUCAGCCUACAGAUGUGGUGAAAGUCCGUUUCCAGGCUCAGGCCAGAUCUCCUGGGCAGGUCAGACGUUACUGUAGCACCAUAGAUGCUUACAUGACCAUUGCCAGGGAAGAGGGCAUUUCUGGACUCUGGAAAGGUACUGCUCCAAACAUUGCACGAAAUGCAAUUGUGAACUGCACAGAACUGGUGACAUAUGACUUCAUCAAGGACACACUCCUGAAGUCCACCUCUCUGACAGACAACCUGCCCUGUCACUUUAUAUCAGCCUUUGGUGCAGGUUUGUGCACAACAGUGAUCGCCUCUCCGGUUGACGUUGUCAAGACCAGAUAUAUGAACUCUGCCUUGGGCCAAUACAGGAGUGUCCUCAACUGCGCUGCUGCUAUGAUGACCAAAGAGGGACCACUCGCAUUUUAUAAGGGGUUCAUGCCGUCUUUCCUGCGCUUGGGCUCAUGGAAUGUGGUGAUGUUUGUAACAUAUGAGCAGCUGAAACGGGCCAUGAUGGCAGCAAAUCACAACAGCACAUCUUUACUGUAAAAUUUCACCUUUGGCAGAAAGCUGAUGU